CUUUUCCGGAUUAAACCGUUACGAUCCACACGAAUCAUGUAAAUUCAAUGAUUUCGUAAAUCAAAUAAUCUUUUAGAUAACAUAAACCCAUAUCUGCUUAAUUAGAUUUUGGGGUUUAAUAUACCUCAUACAUUUUUUUUUGCUCCCACCUUUGAAUAAGGCUUCUCUAAGGAUUUGUGAUCGUCCGAUGAGUAAUCCAGAGGGUAUCCCUACCAGGCUUGAGGGCAAGAAUGUGGCACGACUUGUAUGUUGUAUUCUUGGAGUAGGUUCUCUCGUGGCAUGGAAUGCAAUGUUGACCAUCACCGAUUACUAUUAUCAAGUUUUCCCGAAAUAUCAUCCUUCAAGGGUGCUUACAAUAGUAUACCAAUUGGUUGCGAAUGUGUUUAUAUCAACACUUGCUUAUAAAGAAGCUAAGCUCAAUACCCGAUUUCGUAACAUUUUCGGGUACGGCCUUUAUACCGCAGGCACCUUUUGUCUCAUCAUUUUGGAUGUUGCUUCGCAUGGCAGUGGAAGUGUAGUAGCAUAUGUUGUGUUGUGUUUGAUCGUAGCUCUCUUCGGAUUCGCUGAUGCUUUUGUACAAGGUGGAAUGGUCGGAGAUCUGUCCUUCAUGUGUCCCGAGUUCAUCCAGGCUUUCAUGGGCGGUUUAGGCAUAGCCGGAGCUCUAACCUCCGGUUUAAGGCUUAUUACUAAAGCAAUCUUCGACAAAUCUCCCAAUGGCCUCCGAAAAGGCGCUUUAUUGUUCAUAGGAAUAGCUACAUUGAUCGAGUUAGCAUGUCUUCUUCUAUAUGUUUACGUCUUCGCUAAGCUCCCUAUAGUGAAGUACUACCGAGCCAAAGCCGGUAAAGAAGGUGCCAAGUCCGUUGCCGCCGAUCUAGCUGCGGCUGGCCUCCAAGAGCAGGCUAAUCAGGUUCAACAAAUGGACGAGACCAAGAUCAUAAGACAGACCAAAAAGCAAUUGCUAAGGCAAAACAUUGAUCAUAUGAUCAAUCUCUUCUUGAUUUACGUCGUCACGCUAUCGAUUUUCCCGGGAUUUCUAUAUGAAAACACAGGAAAACACCGGUAUGCACCGGUCCUAGUAGCAAUGUACAACGGGUGGGAUUCGAUCUCGAGGUUCAUGCCCUCGGUCAAAUGUUUAGCGUUGGAAUCUAGGAAAUGGAUCACGGUCUGCGUUCUUGCCCGGUUCUUGCUCGUCCCGGCCUUUUACUUUACCGCUAAGUACGCGGAUCAAGGAUGGAUGCUUUUCCUCACCUCCUUCUUGGGAUUGAGCAACGGUUAUUUAACCGUUUCUAUCUUCAGCAUGGCACCAAAGGGCUACAAUGGACCGGAAUCAAAUGCGUUAGGGAACUUGUUGUGCGUGUUCUUAUUGGGAGGCAUCUUCGCUGGUGUUUGUUUGGGUUGGCUUUGGCUCAUUGGCAACGAUUCCUUUUAGAUAUAACUUUAGCGAAUGCAUUUUUAGAUUUACUUUUCAUGCCAAUUACUACUACUACAUUCAACUAGUUACGUUUAAUGUCAUUUAAAAUUGUUAUUCACGCUAUUGUUUUAAACUUUGUCUUGUCUUUCAUGUGUAAUUAUUUAAAGUUAGUGAAAGAAAGUAUUUUCAGUUGGUGAAAGACACUAUAUGUGGAUCCC